AGAAGUUCUGCUAUCAUUUUAUAACUUUUAAAAGUUGUUUAAAAAAUUGAAUUUGACAAUAACUAAAGAUGUUAGAGCAGCUGAGCGAUUGGUACCGCAGCAUCUGCAUAUGCCUGCCUGAAUUGGGUGCAGCGCUUGGCAUAGUCGUCGGCAAGGUGCGCCGACGUGUCUACAGGCUGGCGCUCAGCUGGGACAAGAUUGUGGAGCUCUACUCGUGUGCCUGCCUAGUGGUGCUGCUGCUCUCCCUGGUCUGGUACUACAUGUGCGUGGCCUAUCGAAUGAUGGCUGCCAGGCAGCGCAACAUUAUACUAUUCACAGACGUGGUUCGAUAUCUGUUCAAAGAGGACGAAGAAGAAGACGAAUAACGAAGCCAAUUAGCUAAUUAAUCUUACUAACUUGCAGCAAGAUGAUGUACUAAUGAUGAUAUAAAAGGCAUAUAUAUAUAUGUGUGUGUCUAUAUGUAUAUAUAUGGAAAUCGUUUAAUCAAA